CGCAAAGUUAUUUAUAUCACUUUACUGUAUGGUGAUGAUAAUGUACCAUUGCAUUGUUUUUUUAUCGCUGUGGAUAUAAUUCUCGCGUUUCACAAUAACGGCGCCCUCAUUCGGUUUAAGUGCGAAAGUCGCUUAGCGUGUUGAAUUCUGGGAAAAGGGUCAACAAAAGUUAACCGGUAGUAAAUUAACACCAAGCGUAGGCAACAGGGCGGACCACAUUCGUUAUACUGUACAUAACAAUAUGAUUUUCACCUCAAAUCACAACUUUCAAGUAUGGUCAACACAUGUGAAGCCGCAAAAUGUUACUCACAUAAAUUGAAAAAUCUUGUAUAAAUAUCCUUGGAUGGCUGAUGUAACAUUGGUACAAUUUUCAAGGAAUGAUCGCCAAGCUAUGGCGAGAUGGAAGAAGUUGAUACAGCCUGAAUAUCAAUAAAAGAUCUCGCCUCUGCUCUCAAGACACUUUGAUAAAACGGACAUGGAUGCAAAUGGAUUAAGCUCUAAAAACUUGUCUUUAUUUCGAACAAUAGUCUUAUCAAAUCCAUAGUAUUUGCAAAUGAAGAAAUGCUUUAUUAUAUUUUCAUACCAGUAUCCAGAUGUUGAAAAAAAAAAAACAGAACUAUUUCUGAAUGGCUGAAAUCUAAGUCACCAAAUGAGCAGGCACGAUAUUUAGAACUCUGCCAAGACAAUGUGGAACGUACAAAAAAAAGACAAAAGAUGCGAGAGAGAAGUUCUAAAAUGAAUAAAAGAAAAACUUGAAGAGAGUAAUAAGAUGAAAGUUGAAAGAGAUGUUAAGAAAAAAGAAAGUGACAGAAGCUUUAAAAAAGUAUUGCAGCAUGGCGGACCAUGCUCUACAGUACAUCUGAUGAUGUAAAGCGUGUUUUGGCUGGCAAGGGAAAGUGUUUAAAAAUAAACAUAAUAAAAGAUGAAAUCAGGUAUUUAAAAAUGUUAGGGAUUAAACAUGAUGAGAUGAAAUUUGUGGGCAAAUCUUGCGAUGAACCGGAAGAAAGCUUGAAAUCUAUUCUUGGUAACUGUACUGGCCUAAAGCGAACUGUACAUACACUUUCUUCAGAAAGUGACAAACCAUCUUCUUCCUCCUUAUCUUCUUCCUCCUCAUCUUCAUUAUCUUCUUCUAAAAAACUUACACCUUUUGUCUUCAGUGCUCAUGGUGAGUUUGUUGCAGCAGUAGCUUAUGAACAAAAUUGGUUGGUAGGUUCUGUUAUUAAUGUUAUCUCUAAAGAAGAGGCCACGGUUCAGUUUUAUGUCAAGGGGAAAGGGGGAAUUUUAAAAUGACCUCUUUCUGAUGAUGUUGACACUAUUACAGUAGUUGUCGUUUUGUUUUUAGGUCAAAUCUUGACGUUUUGACCAAUAAUGGUAGAACUUAUUACCUUAAUGACAUCAAAUCCGUUAAGCAAGCCUACCGUGAUUAUCAUUAUAUAUAUUUUUCUUUCAAUGAAGAUAUCGAUUCAGAUUUGUAGUUUUCUCUAAUCAACACCAAUCUUGUUCAAAGCUACUUACGAGCGUAAAGUCUUCUUAUGCAACACAACUUACUAAGCCCAAGCUUUCUUCCAGUUUAUUCUGUAAUAAAAUUAAUACAAAUAAUAAUAUAAACAUUAGUUAAGCCUGUUCAUUUUCAAAAUUGAAAGCCGUUGACACCAGACCAUAUGGUCGCGCUCACUUUGUACCGUUUAGCAACUGGUGUAGCUUUCAGGACUCUUGCCAACCAGUUUGGUGUUGGUAGAUCAACAGCCUGUACAUCAUGUUACCAUGAAGUAAUCAGGGCCAUCGAGAGAGUGUUGAUGCCAAAAUACAUCCGGUUUCCUGAAGGUGAAGAGUUAUUACGGAAUGUUGAGCAAUUUAAAGAUAAAGGCGGUUUCCCCCAAGUGGUGGCAGCAAUAGACGGGUCGCACAUACCUAUAGUAAAACCAGAUCUGGCCAAUGAUCAGAAUGCCAUGGACUACUUCAAUAGAAAGAGUUUCUACUCGAUUGUUCUACAGGCGUGUGUUGACGCCAGUGGACGCUUUUGUGACACAUGUGGGUAUGCCGCGGAGGGUUCAUGAUGCAAUGGUUCUUCGUCACUCGUCUAUGUAUAACAAACUUAAGAAUGGCUCAGCCUUUCAACCGAAUUUAACUAAAGAAAUUCAGGGUGUAGAUGUACCACUUUUAUUAAUUGGAGACCCGGCCAACCCACUGAUGACUAAUCUGAUGCGACCUUAUUCAGGAAGGAAUGGCUGACUCGCGACCAAAGAAUCUUUAACUACAAAAUAUCGUCAUACCGGUACGUUGUCGAGACUGCUUUCGGGAGGUUAAAGGGUCGUUGGCGAAUGUUGCUGACCAAAAACCUCCACAAUUUAGAUUAUCUAAGGCCCGUUGUGCAGGCGUGUUGUACCCUGCACAACAUACUUGAGUCGGCAGGGACUCCAUAUAAUACUGCCCUGGAUGAAGGAGUCCCUGUAGAAGAACCACAAAAUGACCCGUGGGAGUAUAAUCAGUCUCUUGUGGAGCAAGUACGGGAGGCCAUUAAAGCAGAAUUAAUGAAUUUUGUAUGAACACUGAUGGUCCUAUGUAUAUAUUUAUUUAUGUGGGAGUAUAAUAUAAUCAGGCUCUUGGGGAGCUAGUACGGGAGACCAAAGCUGAAUUGAUAAAUUUUGUAUGAACACUGAUGGUCCUAUGUAUAUAUUGGUUUAUUGUGAAUAAAUUUUACUUUUCAUAAA